GGACGCGAAGUGCGUCGGACCGCCCAGAGGAGGUGGUGGAGGACGAGCGAAAGGAAAGUGGGGAUGGCUUCUCUUUCGUUUGCCCGUGGACUAUGGCGGGGCUGCAGCAAAAGAUUAAUUUCCACUGCAUCUACUCCUCAACUUUCAGCAGCAGAAAUUGCUCAAAGGCGCAACGAUCUGUUCACAAAAGAGAAAGAAAGACAACUGUCUCUUAAUCCACGGAUUGAGAAAAUUGAAGUAAAACAUGUGGGUAAAUCACAUCCUGGCACCUUAUUUAUAAUGAACAAAGGACUUUCCACUCCAUACAGUUGUGCUAUGCAUUUAAGUGAAUGGUAUUCUACGAGAUCUGUGCUUGCCCUUGUAGAUGGGCAGCACUGGGAUAUGUACAGGCCUCUUACUCAUUCUUGUGAAAUUCAGUUUCUUACUUUCAAAGAUGAAGAUGCAGAGGAAGUGAAUAAAGCUUAUUGGCGCUCUUGUGCUAUGAUUCUGGGCUGUGUUUUAGAACAAGCAUUUAAAGAUGAAUAUUCAGUUACUCUUGUUAAAGCUCCAGAAAUACCAGUGACGUCUGGAGCGUUUUGCUAUGAUGUAAUCUUGGAUAGCAAACUUGAUGCAUGGACACCAACUGAGGAAAAUCUCCAUUCUCUUUCAAAAGAUGCUUUCAGAUUAAUUCAGAAAGACUUGCUGUUUGAAGUGCUGGAUGUCGAUGCAAAAGUGGCACUUGAAAUAUUUGAGUAUAACAAGUUCAAACAGGAUAUGGUUGACGAAAGAGCUUCUCAGAAUUCCAAAGGAGUAGUUACAGUGCACAGAUUUGGUGAUUUUGUAGACAUUAGUGAAGGGCCUCAUAUUUCAAGAACUAGCUUGUGUGAUCAGUAUGAAGUGACAGCAGCUCAUAAUCUUCAAAGCAGCCAGUCUGAAUUAAGAAGAUUCCAAGGUAUCUCUGUACCACAUCAUUUAAAGCUUUAUCAUACUAUAUGGCACAGAUUGCGGAAAAGAUCACAGAAACUAAUCAGUGAAAAAAGACCAAAAGAAACAAACGAUGGAAAUGAAAUUACAAACGUUGAACUAGCCUGACCCUUUCUAAUCUGUAUGUGUGGAAAUACUUAUAAAUUAAAUUGAGAUUGUUUUAAAGUACAGAUUCAUGAUUCAAAUCAAUUCCUUGAAAAAAUUCUUUGAGAGAAGGUUUUCAGAGACUCACAGAACAUCACCCUUGCUCUACCAGAUUAGGAUUUAGAUGUAAUGGCAAUAAAAAAAGAUUGCAUAUCCAGGAGUGUUUUACAGUAUCUGCAGGCAUUCAAAGCCUGUUGCAAAAUGAGAGAUGAGUUCAGAUACUGAUCCUGACAGACAUUGGAUUUUCCUCUCAGCUUAAAUACUUCUACAAUUCACAGUUAAUGAAUAUGAGCAAUAAGCCUGUACACAUCACUCCAAUUCAAUUUGAAUGGAAGAUUCAAAGAGGGUGUGAUUGAAUUUAUGUUUGCAAUUUGAUAUUUGGAGCCAAAUUGAUUUGAACUAUUUAAACAAUUGGGAUUCAGAUUAGAAUAUCUAUCUAUCUAUCUAUCUAUCUAUCUAUCUAUCUAUCCAUCCAUCCAUCCAUCCAUCCAUCCAUCCAUCCAUCCAUCCAUCCAUGGGCUAUAAGAGCAAAGCAUUGAAAUACCCACAGAUGUUUAUUAUUGAAUGAGAUGAAAAUAGCAGGUUCAGUAGACAUUUUAGCUCCGUCACGCUUCAGCUGGAUGUUACAAAAUAUUUUUGAAGUAAUAUUCUUGCACCUCUUUGAAGGCAAAGAGAGCUUGACUUGUGCUUACUGAACCAAUGCAGCAAGUACCCUACUCCAGUUUUAAAAUAAAGAUGUUCAGAAAAUAUUCUAAGAUAAUGCUUGUUUUCUGGAGUGCCAACCCUAUCUCUGGAUUUGCAGAGUGAUGGGAAAAUAGAUAUAUCAGGAUGACUUUCUUGCUGCUUUCUGAAAAGAACCCUUUCCUCCCUAUUGGGACUCAGUUGUGUCGUUGGCAACUGUUAGCAGAGGCAACAGACACAGGUUAAGUCAAAGAGAUACAAUUCUAUAGAGGUAGGCAGUUGAGAUAGAAAGAGGCUAGCACAGAAAAAUAUUUAAUAUGCUUAUAACCUUUCUUUUUUAAAAAAACAAUAAAUGUUUGAAUGUAGUACCAUGGUCCCCUUUUAGUUCUUACAAAAAAUUAAAGGUAAAGGUUCCCCUUGCACACAUGUGCUAGUUGUUUCCGACUCUAGGGGGUGGUGCUCAUCUCUGUUUCAAAGCCAAAGAGCCAGCGCUGUCCGAAGACAUCUCCAUGGUCAUGUGGCCGGCAUGACUCAAUGCCAAAGGCUCACAGAGCGCUGUUACCUUCCCACUAGGAACAGUGGUCCCUGUUUUUCUACUUUCAUUUUUUACGUGCUUUCGAACUGCUAGGUUGGCAGAAGCUGGGACAAAUAAUAGGAGCUCACCCCGUUAUGCGGCACUAGGGAUUCGAACCACUGAACUGCCAACCUUUCGAUCGACAAGUUCAGCAUCUUAGUCACUGAGCCACCGCAUCCCUUUUUACAAAGAAUUAAAUUUGCCCAAAUGAUAGUGAAUGUAAGUGUUAGCUUUCAGCCAAUAAUACAUAAUCUGACUGGUCAGCCUUGAGUCCAUAUUCAGAAUGCUGAGAAUUGAACUGAAUCAGUUGUGUAGGCAGAACUAGUAUCAAAGUUUAAUACAUCAGCAUGAGAGAGAACAAAGUUCAGUUUUGAAACUGACCACAUUAAAGAAGCCCAGAGCUAAGAGGGAAUGAAGUCCUUCCCAGUUCAAAAGAGUUUUGGUAAUAAGAGGUUAAAAAUUUGGUAGAAUUCAGAUUAGCUGCUGAAGCCUGUGUCAGAGAGUUCAUCACUCUACUCCACCGCUAUCUCUGAUAUUUCCAUUUCUGAAAAAAGAAUGUCAACAUUGUAUGUCCUCAGUAACAAGUUCAGAAGGGGCAAAAUGACCUUUUAAAGUCGGGGGUGUUUUACAAGGCUAACAAAGUGCUUCAUGGUCAUCUAGUUUGAUUUGCUGCUUCAAAGUGGUUCCCUGCAUUGAUUCAUGAAUGUGCUUUGAUGUGAUUAUUUUACUGAACCUUCCUCUAAUUAAAAUCCAAAGCUUUAUACAGCACCAGUAACCAGACUUACUUAGUCUCUAAUGUUUUCAGAUGUGCUGAACUAUCCAUUUCCAAACAUUUCAAGCUGCAGGAUUCUGACUGUGAAUUCAGAGGUUGCAAUCCAAAUAGAAGGAAUAAAGUUGGAAAAAGUAGUUAGUUAUAAGUUUGAUACUAGAGCAAUGCUACCAAGUUGCAUGAUCAGAUCUAAUCUUUGUAUUUAGAUUGUAGUGCUGAAAUUGACAUUUGUAUAUUAGUAAAUACUACUACUGUUUCAGUAUAGCUACAAUGGGCAUACUUUGUACCAAUGUAAUAUUUUGAAAGCUCAUUUUAAUUUGGGUAUGUACCACUAUUGAAUGUAAACAUGAGGGCAUUGCAGCUUGUACAGAAAAUUUCUGAAGUUCAAAGUUGAAAUUUCCAUUUAUUAGUGACAAUUUUUUAUAUACCGGUAAAUAAAAGAGAGAAAAACCAAUUGGUUAAGGAUGUAAUGAGGCUAUCAAAAAGGAAUUUGUAAUUUGUAAUCUUGUAAUUCAUCAGCCCAAAAUGUAUUUUAGGUUAUUCCACUUUAACUGUGUAUAGGCCUGGCCUUUACCUUCUUUUGUGUGUGUUAAUAUUUAGUCUUUUUUUGUGUGGGUUAUUUGGAAAGAGAUCAUAAUGCAGUCUGUAUUACCAUGGUCCCCUUGUUGAAAAAGAACAGCAUGAAUUUUCAGUAUUAAUCCUUAAUCUUUGGAAAUAUCUUGGAGCCAAAUCAAAUGUCCAUUGCUUUCAAGAAUUAAUACCAGUCAUAUUUCUAACCACUUAGACCCUAUAUGUGUAUAACACGUGUGGUUUGCAGAUAAUAAGGCUCUUUUUAUGUAGGCAAAAGCAUGUUAGUGUAUGAGGGAACUAAUGUACUCUUACGAUAGUUGCAUUUGAAGCAUUUUUAUUGAAUCUCUAUGAUGUCUGAUCCACUAUCUGCAGUGCUGAAGUUUAUUUUAUUACCUUUUUGAAAUAGCAGAACUUUCAUGCUUCUGAAACUCAGACCGUGGGAAGUGAGUUAAGUAAUAUAAAGUUUCUGGAAACAUUGAAACAGCGAAAGGAGAAAAAGUGGUUCUAUGCCAACGGAUAGGUGGGAGUAUGGAAAUUUUGAAACCUGACUCUUUUUAAAAGAAAAGUUAAACUAUCCUGCUUUAAGAAAAUAAAAUGCAUUUAAUGUCCUUUACAACUAAGAGCAUAGCAUGUUUAUUUUUCAGAUUUAUUUAAGAGCUGGAGAUUGUGAAUUAUCAAUAGUUUCCCUAUAUUUUAAACUGCAAAUUGUCAGUUGUAGCCAGUGUGGCCGUGGAUAGAAAUGAUGGGAAAUGUGGUCCGAAGUUCUUAUUAAUAGAUAGAAAUUUCAACUUUGAACUUCAGAAACUUUCUGUAUGAGCUACAAUGCCCUCAUGUUUACAUUCAAAAGUGGCACGUGCCCAGAGUGUAGUCUGUGAAGUGGAACAUUUUAACCUAAUUUUUCUUUUGGCUUCAGAAAAUUUAUUUACUAAUACAUUAUACAUCACUUUAUUUGUUGUAGUUUGCUGGUAUCAACAUGGAUGAGUUUUGACAUGACAGAAAAAGUUGUAGUGUAUCACCUGUGCUUGUCAGUUGUCCUCAUAAAGAUGUAUUGAUAAAAUGGUUAACUUUUGUUGGGAGAAAAAAAUUGCAUGCUAGCAAACUGGCAAAUGUAACAGUUUCCUUUAUUUUUUUAAUUUUCUUUGAUUUCGUGCAAACAGCAGCAGUUUAUUCCAUAUUACUUCUGGAAAAGAGUACCACACCCUAUUAAUGCUAACAUGUAGGAGUUGAUCAGAAUAAAACACCUAUCACAAUUAGCAUUAACAGUGUAUGGCCUGCAGAUUUAAUGUAAUCCAUAAAGGUGAAGCUUCUGGACAAUUCUCUCUAAUUUACCUAUAAUAUAAAAGCAAUAAUGAAUUUAAGGAAUGGAGUACAUGUUAAACAAAUCAAGGACAAUAACAUUUUAAAAAUAAAUAUUAAAAUAUUCUGUUAAUAGGAAAUACAUCUCAACAGCUUUAUCUGUAACAAUUACUGUACCAAUUUUUUUUUAUCGAGUUUGAUAUACAUGUAUUAGAAAUAUUUAAAUUGGGUAAAAAUGGUAUUUCAAGCAGAACUGCAUAUGUGAAUUGAAAAAAAUAAGAUUAUUUUAACUGUGUUAAAUAUCUGAAGGAGACCCAGCUUGGUGUAGUAGAUAAGUCAUCUGGCUUUAAACAAUUCUAGUCCCCUCUCCCCAAAUUAUGUAGCCAGCUGAGUGACCUUGGGCCAGUCAUUCUUUCUCAGCCCCAGAAAGCAGGCAAUGACAAACCACUACUAAAAUAUUUCUGAAAGAAAAUUGCAAGAACUUGUCUCAACAGUCACCAGGUGUCAACAAUAACUCAAGCAGGAAGUAUAGACCUGCUUUUGUUCUCUGAAAUAUACUAAGCUAUGUGAAGUGAGUUGUUUAAGAUCAUUUGAUGAAUUUUAUGGUUCUAUGAAAAUUUGAGAUUAGAUUUCCCAUUUCUAAAUUCAGGAAUAUUAAUUAUAUUAAUAUUAAUACUAUUAAUGUAAUAUUACAUGCUGUUUUGUAGAUUACCAUGUAAAUGAAACAUAAUAAUCCCUUCUCUCUUAGCACCGAUUACUUGUACUUGAGAAGCAGUUUCUGGUGGUUCUAUACAGCAGGAAUUUUGUGGAGACUUGGCAUUUUGGUUCAUAGUGUAUAUGAGUAUAUAGUGUAUAUUUAAAUUGCAGCUCCAGUAAUUGAGAAACCUAUUUUAAAGUACAUCAACUUAUUUCCAAAGUUUUUCUUUUGGGGGGAGAUGAAAGUAAAUGAAACAGCUUAUGUUUUCAUAGUAGUUGCAGUUAGUAACUGAUAGAACAAAGAGGAAGUAGAUGUUGGUUUAAGAUGUGGUAAGUUAAUUUAAGUGAUAAAUGGAAAUUGCUUCUUCCUUUUUAUUUUAAAUUAAACCAGUUAAAUAUAAUCACAAGACACAAUAGUAAAUGCCCAGAAGAAACAGUAAAUGUGAACUAUAUGGGCUUUUGCAAACAAGUGCUAUAACUUCUGAAGAAAGUGUAAAAUAUGAUUACCAGCAUUCCAGAUUGCCCCUCUUAUGAGCAGCAAUGCAUAUAUUCAUUGAUGAGUAUAUCAUUCAAUGAAUAUAUCAUUCAUUGAUAUAUUCUAGUUGAAUAUUUUAAUCAAUGGUCCUCAAGAUAUCCUUGCAAGAGUUUUCCUUGCAAGCUAAGUACCUAAGUAAUUGGGCUUUCCUGAUUAGUGUAGCCAGGAAUGCAUCAUUCUUAUUUCGUAUCCUGAUUCAUAAAGGUUUGUGAAAAAGCAAAUGAUUUAGUUCUGUUUUGUCUUCCAGAUCUUAGAAAAUGGAAUUGCUUUAAUUAAGUCAGGUAGUGGGGGUUCAGAUUCUGUUACUUAGUCCUAGUGUGGAAAUUACAGUAAUCUCUCAGUUACCAGUUUCAAUUCUGUUUAUGGAUAAGAACAUAUAUGACCUUAGUUAAUAGUGUCUACCCACAUAAAAGCCACAUAUUACACGGUUAUUUGAAGGAUAUCAUUUACCUUCCAGAAAUUUUGAACUUUUAUUGAAACAUAUAGAACUUAAAAUGAUAUUUAUCCAACUGAUUUGUUCACAGUUAAACAUUAUUUGGAGACUUUAAUAAUUUAUUAUUUUUUUUAAAAUGAAAGCAUAGUUUGAAUUUUCCUUUCUUCUGUGAUGGCCAGUAGUAGUACCCUGUAAUAAUGUGGUUGUAGAUACAAACAGAGUCCAGACGGCUAUCAAAAGCUACAAUUGUGUAUCCAUUAUCAAAGCAGAAUAAAAAUACUCCUGCCAACAGAAUUACAGUAUGUGUAGGAGAUAUGAUCAGCCUAGUUUUCAACCUUACAGACUACAUUUGCAGGGAAUUUCCCUCUUUUAAAUAGAGGAACAUAAUGUAUCUCUCCCCCAGAGUUACUUGAAUUGGUACUGCUCAAGGAAGUAGUAUUACUUGAUUUCACUUUAUGUGUCACUGGACCAUUAGAGAAGACUAAAGACUAACAUCCCUGAAUAAUACAUAUAUAACCUUAUAUCAAUAUAUUUAUGGCACUCCACUAAUAUGCUUUCUUAGAAGUAUUUGGUAAAAAGAAAAACCUAAAUUAAAAUUCUUCCUAUAAAAUCAAAUUCUGUUUGACAUUUCACCAAACUAUCUUAUCUGACUUGUGUUGUAGCAAAGAGAAACCUUCCCUGAAAUUAGUAAAUGAUACUUCAGUAAAUUGAACUGGAACUAUAUACAAGAAGUUCAAAAACCAGAGUUAAAAUUGUUAAAAAUAUUCCAUGGAAGUUUUAAACACUAAAUAUAUAUAUAUUUAAGAAAUGUGUAAUUAUAAGUACAUUUUCCAGAUAAAAAUUUCUAAAGGUUUAGUCUUUAAAGAGGAAUGCUGAAUAAAUAGCAUAUUUAUAAACAAUUCAAAGGGCGCAAUGUUGAAAUCCAAUAAAAAUCAGUGGAAGAGAGAACUGCAUUUAAUUCAAGUCUUAUUAAUACAGUGGUUCUUCAAUGUAACAAGAUUUUGAUGACGGUAUUUUAGUUCUACCUUGCCAAUGCAGAAGACUCAUUGCAACUUGUCAAAGAAAAAAAAAAUCUUUUCUUUUGACAUUACCUUGUCAAAAGAAAAAAAAAUAUUGUGUAAAAUAACCAUCCUGUAUGUGUAGAUGUGGCCUAAUGUUAAAUCACUAGUGAUGAAGCUACUAUGAGUCUCAUAUGUCUUCUAUUUUGACAGAAUUAGUCUGGCCUGAAAAUAUUGUCUCAAUUUCCUAUGGCAUACAAAGACUACCCAUGGUUCCCAUAAAUAUAAUUUUAACUAACUGUUCGUAUUAUUUAAACAAAUAUUCAAAUUUGUUUACCUGUCAAUGUUACCAAGCCUGUUCUGUUUCAUUGCAUCCUGUAGUUUUAUUUUAGAAAGAAAGAAAGAGAAUGCACCUACCUGUUAUUGGGAGCCGUUUCUACAUAGACAUAAGUAGUUCAGCAAAGCAGCCACAGACUUCCUUUCGUUAUGUUUCAUGGAAAUCAAAAGUGUUCAGUGUGUAGGUUCUUUUCUGCCACUUUUGAGAAAAAGGACCAUAAAUAAAAAGGAAACACGAGGUUCUCAGUGGCCCAGAAGUUGCUCGAAUCGGUCUCGUGUCUGGCUCUGCACCCUGCAUCCUUGCUGCAAAAGAUAGGCAAAGAAAGCCAGUCCUAUAAAAUCCCAAGAUCUUUUAUAUAAGUCAUGAAGGUGACUCAUCCUCUUCUUUGCAGGGGUUCCCCUACAUCUUUUCUUCUUAGAAUCUAAUGCUCAGGUUUUUUUCAGUGGCAUUAUAAAAUUUCCAUGUAUGUUUAAAAAAACACUCUACUUUCUAUAGAAAACAUGGGUUAAAUAUAUGAAAUAACUAAUUAUUUGCAUUUGUGAUUAAGUUUUCUAUUUUCAGUUGUACGAAUGGACCAAAUCUAUUACUGAGCAGUGCCUAGCUUAUCAUUGUGAAACACUCUUGUCAAGUCAUAGUAAAUUUUCCUCUAGCCCUGAAGUGAACAGAAAAUUGUGUCAAGUUUAAUUUGACAAUGCAGUUGAAAUUAUAAGGCAUGCAAAUAGAUCUAAAGGACUAUUUUGGAUGUUUCUGAAUGUCAGAGAAAACAAUAUUACAUUGAUAUUUAAUUUUGGCUUUUGUCAGAUGACCUUUUUUCCCCAAUCAUGUACAAUUGUGGUUGACUUACAACCACAAUUGAGUCCAAAAUUUAUGUUGUUAAGUGAGUUUUGCCCCAUUUGACAACCUUUCUAACCACUGUUGGUAAACUAGUAACCCGGUUGUUGACUGAAUCUGGCUUCCCCUUUGAGUUUCCUUAUCAAAAGGUUGCAAAAGAUGAUCACAUGACCUUGGGACACAGCAAUGGUCCUAAGUAGGAAACCAGUUGCCAAACAUCUGAAUUUUGAUUACGUAAUCAUAGGGAUGCUACAAAGUUUGUAACUGAAAAAUGGUCAUAAGUCACUUUUUUCCAGUGCUGCUGUAACUUUGAACUGUCACUAAAUGACCUGUUGUAAAUUGAGGACUACCUGUACAUGGUGCCUAUGUGCUUGUUUGUUGUGGGUCAUGUUUUGUUGAUUGUAUCCGCAAUAAAAGAUAUCCGCUGCUGUGACUUGAUAA